AUGGUCAUUCAACCCAAGUUUUUUGGACUUUCGUUUCGGAAUCUGGCAGAAGCGAAGGAUAGCAUGCUUAACCGCUAUAUCGAAAACGACUGGGUGCCGCCUGCCAAUGACAGCACUAUUCCGACUACUGACGAAGACCGAGCUGGACACGUCGCUGAGCUACUAGCAGCAAUGAAAGACACUUCUGCCUGCCCGGACAACCAAGACAAGGACCGAUUUGCGAAACGAUUGACUCCAGGUGCCAAAAAGGCGAUUUAUGAAGACCAGAUGGAGAAGGUGUGCUGGCAGCUAGUUGACACCGCUGAGAAACUACAUUUCUUCGGCCCGAAAUCGUUCUCCAUCUACGACACGACGCCACUGCAGACGAUGUACAAAUCCCGCAACCUUACUUUUGGUGAGCGUAUAAAUAGUCUCUGUGAGCUCUUACGGCUUUCCAAGGGUCGCUGCUUCUCGCUGCUCAAGGGUGAGAAUCUUGAAACUACUGUGGGUGCGGCUCCCGAUAAAAUUACGGGCACAAUCCUGAACAAUGAACAGAAUGGAAAUCGCCAGAAGUAUAUCGCAGAAGGUCGAACGAGGGUGAAAGAGAAGAAGGCUACGACGUCACCGGAAGAUCAAGCCUCAGUCACGGACGGUGAUAAGGAACUCGAGUCAGGUGUCGCAAUGAGCCUGCCUUCGAACGACCUUGAGGAAGAGUUGGAUCUAAAUGUCGCGACGAGCCUGCAAUCAUCGGGGCCUCUGCCACCUGCCAAUGUUCAAACGAGUAUCAUCGGCGACGUCCAAUCGAACAAUACUCAGACUGUCUCUCAGUACGCGGGCGACAAUGGCGGGCACCAUCACCGGUGA